AUGGCGAGGGGUCUUAUCGCGACUACCAAGGCAAUGACUACCCGCCGUCUGCCUUGGUACGGGUUGAUGAAUAUUGGCUUCCGACCUCGUUUGAAAGCCCGUCCCUCCUUGUACGAUCUCAUCCGGAAUUCAAGCUCCGGCCAGCUAUCGCUAUCACAGAACGCCAGUUUCGCUGGGGAUCCCCAACCGCUUUCAGAGCUGCCUGUUCUCCCCUCCUCCCCACUAUCAUCACCUCCCGCGACCCCCAGCUCAGCUUCGCAGAUCGAGCUUAUAGCAGAACCAGCACCAGCGCCAGUACCUCUCAAAAUGGCCCCAAAGAAGGUUGCGAGGGAUGCCGAUGGCGAGGAGCAAUAUGGCUCCAUCUACUCAGUCUCGGGGCCCGUCGUCAUCGCAGAGAAUAUGAUUGGAGUUGCCAUGUACGAAUUGGUCAAAGUCGGACACGAUAACCUCGUCGGGGAAGUUAUUCGAAUAGAAGCCGACAGGGCAACAAUUCAGGUGUAUGAGGAAACUGCUGGCGUAACUGUUGGCGACCCCGUCAUUCGAACCGGAAAGCCCCUAUCAGUCGAACUCGGCCCUGGGUUGAUGGAAACCAUCUACGAUGGUAUCCAACGUCCCCUCAAAGCAAUUGCCGACGCUUCAAACAGCAUCUAUAUUCCCCGUGGUAUUUCUGCCGCGGCUUUGAACAGAGAGAAAGACUGGGACUUCAAGCCAACAAAAAAGGUGGGAGAUCACAUUACUGGCGGAGAUAUUUGGGGUAGCGUCUACGAGAAUUCCCUGCUGGACGACCACAAGAUUAUGCUCCCACCCCGAGCAAGGGGAACGAUCACGCGGAUUGCGGGGAAGGGGAGCUACAAAGUCGACGAGAAGAUCCUCGAAGUGGAAUUCGAUGGCAAGAAGACCGAGUUCAGCAUGAUGCAUACAUGGCCAGUCCGUGUCCCCCGUCCAACUACCGAGAAGCUCGCAGCAGAUAAGCCCUUCGUUGUUGGGCAAAGAGUUUUGGAUGCUCUGUUCCCUAGUGUCCAGGGCGGCACUGUCGCCAUCCCAGGGGCUUUCGGCUGUGGAAAGACUGUUAUUAGUCAAUCUGUGUCCAAGUUUUCGAACAGCGAUAUUAUCGUCUAUGUUGGAUGCGGUGAGCGCGGAAAUGAGAUGGCUGAAGUGUUAAUGGAUUUCCCAGAGCUCUCCAUCGAUAUCGAUGGCCGGAAGGAACCUAUCAUGAAGCGCACAACACUUAUCGCCAACACCUCAAACAUGCCCGUUGCUGCACGUGAAGCCUCUAUCUAUACCGGUAUCACCGUGGCAGAGUACUUCCGUGACCAAGGCAAGGAUGUGGCGAUGAUGGCUGACUCGACAUCUCGAUGGGCCGAAGCUCUUCGUGAACUUUCCGGUCGUCUAGGUGAAAUGCCUGCGGAUCAAGGUUUCCCAGCUUACUUGGGUGCCAAGCUAGCCAGUUUCUACGAACGUGCUGGAAAGGUUGCAGCUCUUGGUAGCCCUGACCGCGAGGGUAGUGUCAGCAUCGUUGGCGCCGUCAGUCCCCCCGGUGGAGAUUUCUCGGAUCCAGUCACCAGUAGCACACUGGGUAUUGUGCAAGUCUUUUGGGGUCUCGAUAAGAAACUCGCCCAGCGAAAACAUUUCCCCUCCAUCAACACGGCCGUUAGUUACAGCAAAUACACCGCGGUGCUUGAUAAAUAUUACGAGAAAGACUACCCCGAGUUCCCUCGGCUCCGAAACCGCAUCAGGCAGCUCCUGUCGGACUCUGAGGAAUUGGACCAGGUCGUGCAAUUGGUUGGAAAAUCAGCUCUAUCUGAUCCCGAUAAGAUCACCUUAGAUGUUGCUGCUAUGAUCAAGGAGGAUUUCUUGCAACAAAAUGGCUACAGUGACUAUGAUCAAUUCUGUCCCAUCUGGAAGACGGAAUGGAUGAUGAAGGCAAUGAUGGGUUUCCAUGACGAAGCACAAAAAACCAUCGCCCAGGGCCAGAGUUGGGGCAAGGUCCGGGAAGCUACCAGCGAUCUUCAGAGCCAACUUCGAAGCAUGAAAUUCGAGGUCCCAAGCGAUGGAGAGGAGAUCAUCACCAAGAAGUACGAGGACCUCGUGCAAGCCAUGACGGAUAAGUUCGCCGCCGUCACGGAUGAGUAA